UGUUCAAUCAUGAAGCUGAAGAAAGUUUUUCUCUCUUUUGUGAGCAUUAUGCUGAGAGUCUCCUCCUCUCAUUCACUGUACAUAUAUAAAUAUAGGGUAGUUGGGUUCUUAUCCCCCAUCAAGAAGGGUAGAUGAUACAGGGACCCAUCACCAUCCUAGCUCUUAAAAGUUAAAACCAAGCUGCCAAGCCUUAGAAAACUCUCUCUCUCUCUCUCUCUCUGAGUUUGUUUUUCACACACAAAAGAGAGAAGAAAAUGGCUGAGAAGGAAGUGAAGUCAAUUGGGUCUGUGAAAGAUGUGAGGAAGGAAAUGAAUAGGGGAGCAUGGACAGCAGAAGAAGAUAGAAAACUGGCUGAGGUUAUUGAAGUCCAUGGUGCCAAGAGGUGGAAGAUGAUUGCAACCACAGCAGGUUUGAAUCGGUGUGGGAAGAGUUGCAGGCUUCGAUGGAUGAAUUAUCUAAGACCCAACAUCAAGAGAGGCAACAUAUCAGACCAGGAAGAGGACUUGAUACUCAGGCUUCACAAACUCUUGGGAAACAGGUGGUCUUUGAUUGCUGGAAGAUUGCCAGGUCGAACAGAUAAUGAGAUAAAGAACUACUGGAAUUCUCAUUUGAGCAAGAAAAUAAAGCAGGAGAAGCAAAGUGGAGGUUCAACAAGAGGCUGCUCCAAACUUCAGAGAACAAGAGUGGUAGAGGAGGUGAAUGUUGUAGAGGUGAAACGAGAGGACACCUCUAAUGGAGGUGAUCAAUGCUCGAAAAUGAGCUUCAAUGUCGACGAAUUCUUUGAUUUCUCCGAGGAGGGUCCUCUGAACUUAGAGUGGGUGAGCCAAUUCCUUGAACUGGAUGAGGGCUUAUGCCAUCCUUCAUAAACUGUAAAGACUUUGUUAUCUCUCCGUGUAUGUGGUGCAGCUCAUGUUAAUCAAUCCAUACUCUACACUUGAUCA